CAACGUUCAUAAUGCAAUCUUCUACUGAACUACCCACCCAGUGCAGAACUCAGUGCCAUUGGACUUCCUGGUUCAAUGAAAAUCACCCAGCAUCACAUAAGGAAGGAGAUAGAGAAAGUUUUGAGAUAAUUACUGCGAAAGGUAAAACAGUCUGCAAAAGCAAAAUGCACCUUAAGGAUAUUCAGUGCAGGGCUGUGAAUUUUCCAAAAGUACCACUUAAAAAGUUGGGCCAAGUAGUUCAAUGUGAUCUGUCCUCUGGAUUGAUUUGUGAAAGCAAAAAUAAUAGGGGACGCUUCAAAAUGUGCUUUGACUAUGAAAUCAUGUUCUUGUGCUGUGACGAUAGACAUUGUCCUCCAGUUAAUUUACAUUCUACCUCUAUAAGCACAACACAAAAAACAUCAGUAGUUUCAAGUACCAUUAUCAUUCCAACAAAAACACAUUUAGUAGCCACACAAUCUCCCUCCAGACUUCCACCUCAUUUAAGUACAACGAAAGGCUAUUCUACAUUGACAUCUUCACAACUGACAAGAACACAAAAAAAUGAAACAGCAAACAAAAUAACAAUUGGGACAUCUCCCCAAAUAUCCUCCUCACCUACUGGCUUCUCCAUUGCUCCUAAAACGAGUCCUUCUAAUACUUUAACAAAAUCUGGAGGAACUUCAUUUGCAGUUCUUGAAACAACAAAAAUGAACAAGCCUACAACGUUAGUGAUAGUGCCUUCAACUGUUACAUCCGAGGACUGCUCUCCAAGAUGUUACUGGACCAUAUGGUUUGACGAAAAUCAUCCAGGAUCACGCAAUAAAGGAGACUCCGAGAGUUUUGAAACAAGCUCCUUAAAAGGGAAGCACGUCUGCAAAAGUAAAACACAUCUUAAGGAUAUUCAGUGCAGGGCUGUGAAUUAUCCAAAUGUACCACUUGAAAAAUUGGGCCAGAUUAUUCAAUGUGAUCUAUACUCAGGACUAAUUUGUCAGAAUCAAAAUAAUAAAGGCUUAUUUAAUAUGUGCCUAAACUAUGAGAUAAGGUUCUUGUGCUGUGAUGAUGAUAGCCAUUGUUUAAGAGUCAGUACAAAUUCUAGUCCUAGCACAUUUGACCUUUCAACAACUACAUCUGAUUCUGAAGAAGGUCAUCUCACAUCCAUAUCAUCAGUGGCAGCAGAUACUUCCAAAAGUCUAAAAAUAACUGCUAAAAGCAACACUACAAGUCAUCCGAUUUCCCUUCCAUCAUCUGUCUUGACACAGACUUCACAACAAAGUACUUCUCCACUGGCAACCACUCAAACAGAACGGCCUGAUACGUGCAUGGUUGAUGGCUCUACUUUUGAGGUGGGAUCCCCUGUUCCUUCCCCACCACAGACCUGUCAAGAUUGUAAAUGCAUUUGGUCCUUGAAUGGUGCAUUUGUAAAGUGCAUGCCAACGGUGUGCCAGGAAAACUGCCAGCUUCCUGGAAAAUCCUGGCAUCCAGCUGGUAAUAACUGUACUGGUUAUGAGUGUGAGCCAGACACCUUGAUGGUUGUUAAAAAGGUUGUUUCUUGUCCAGAGCAGAAAAAUUUAACAUGUGAACAGAUAGAUAACAACAAAUCUGCAUAG